GUUUUGCUGGCCGGGAGUUGUUUUUCCGCUUUCCGUGCAUGGCUCAUUGCCGAAAUUGCCGAGGUCUAACGUCGACGCGAUCGAGAUGACUUCAGAUAUUACGUUACCAACUGCUCAAAAGCCUAGAUGUGAUUCACGGCUUUCCUGCUCUAUCUCACCCACUACCAUCAUGCGAAACAAGAUCAAGGCCCCGUCUGUUCCCAAAAUCUGGUGGAGCAAUGCCGUCUUCUUCGUGUCUGUCCAUAUCGCCGCCUUCAUAGGAGUAUAUUAUUUCCCAGUCUAUGUCGUACACAGAGCCAGUCUCUUCUUUGCUUUCUUGGUGUGGCAGCUUGCGGACUUUGGCAUCACCAUUGGAUAUCAUAGAUUGUAUUCUCAUCGCGCAUUUCGUGCUAACACGGUUGUGAGAAUCGUCUUGGCGGCGUUAGGUUCGGCAGGAUUCCAAGGCUCUAUCAAGUGGUGGUGUCUUCGACAUCGGUUACAUCAUAGGUUUACGGAUGACCCCAUGGACGACCCGUACGCUGCAACCCGAGGACUGCUCUACUCUCAUAUGGGAUGGAUAUUCUUCAAACCAACGUAUCAAAGAAUGGAGCUUAUAGAUCGUGAUGACCUUGACAGUGACCCUGUCGUGCGCUUCCAACAUAAAUAUUACGUAUCAAUUGCCUUAUUCUUCGGUUUCGUAUUUCCCCCAAUGAUGGGAAGUCUUUGGGGUGAUCCAAAGGGAGCAUUCAUUUGGGCCGGAUUGGUGUCUAGACUUGCUAUUUGGCAUUGCACUUUUCUGGUCAACUCGCUUGCACACUGGGAUGGUCUUCAGCCUUAUUCAGAUGAAGACACCUCUAGAGGAAAUCUGCUUUUGGCGCUUCUGACCGGCGGAGAAGGAAAUCACAAUUUUCACACGUUCCCGCAUGACUUCCGCUCAGGGCCAUCUCGGGCGGACUGGGAUCCGUCUAAAUGGAUAAUCGUUAGCCUUCACAAGCUUGGAUUUGUAACAGGUCUACGGCGCGCGCGUAGAGAUGAUAUAUCAGAGUCAGUCGAGUAUAUGCGGCAUAAAUGCGCGUACGGAGUUCCGCCACCAGAGGAUGACCAAUGGGAUGGACCCAAUUGGACUAUCGACGAAGUUCAGUUGUACAUUCAAAGCGCUCUCGGGCGAUGCGUACUCUUGAUUGAUGAUUUUGUCGUCGACGUGACGAGUUAUAUGGGAGAACAUCCUGGUGGCGCCGCAAUAUUACGGAAGUACGCGUUUCGAGCUCAAGAUGGUAUUUCGGACACAGACAAGUGGAAAGACGCGACCUGGGCCUUUGAGGGAGGAUUGAACAAUCAUUCCAGAUCUGAUAUACUUCGAAAGUUUUUUGAGUAGAUACAUAAAGAGAUGUCCAUGUAUCAGGUCG